AGUGCUGGCGGCAACAUUCUAACCGACUUUCGAAGUUGUCUUAGCGCUGAAUCUCUUGAAACACUUGUUUGCAACCAAGAUUGGCUCUUGGCAAGACGUCGAGCUCAAGAGUCAACGUACCAACUCGAAUCGGAGCAUUACAUGAAUGCAACAACAGAUGGAAGUCCGAGUUCUGAAGAAUAAGUUAUAAUUUUUUUUUAAUGCAACGUUAUUUCAGUUAUGAAAUGACGACGAUUAAGUGGGGGUCAUGAUGGGUCCCACCUCAAGCUCCAUUGUUGCGACUUUCGAUUGCUUUAUUCACGCCAUGAUUUCCUUUCUUCUCCGGCUAUAUAUUACCCUAAGCCUACCGAUGAAGCUCAUCAUAGUUGAGCGCGGCAGCGAUGAAAGGGCUAUGGCGGUGGAAGACGCCACGGCCGCCGUCCGCAUCCGCCUUUCUCGCCAUUUUCGUCUCCGCGUUCUUAGUACUGGACUUCGCUCUCUGUCAGAACCUAGAUGAUUCCGGCGGUGGUGUAGACACCGGAAAAGUGGAUAAUCCGGCAGUGCGGGAGUUUGUGGCUCAGGAAGUCAACCGCCGCAUCGCCAAUGUGACCUCCCAGGCUUUCUCUGGUGACCUUGCUGCGGAAUCAAGUUUCUGCGUUUUAAACAAAGAGAAGGAUUGGAAUAAUGCAUUUAAUUUUAGUCUGAAUUCGAAGUUCCUGAGAGAUUGUGUUGCCAGAACUAAAGGAGAUGUACAACAAAGGUUAUGUACUGCAGGAGAAAUAAGAUCCUAUCUUAGUAGCACCUUCACGACUUCGAUGCGUUACCAAAAACCUAACAUGAACUGUAAUCUUACAUCUUGGGUACCUGGUUGCGAGCCAGGAUGGGCUUGUAGCACUGGCUCCAACCAGAACUCUGACUCCAGAAACUUGCAAGAUAUACCUAGGAGAACCAUGGACUGUCAGCCUUGCUGUGAGGGAUUCUUUUGUCCACAAGGCAUUACUUGUAUGAUACCUUGUCCCUUGGGUUCCUAUUGCCCUCUUUCAACACUCAAUAAUGAUACUGGAGUAUGUGAACCAUAUGAUUAUCAAUUACCCCAUGGACUGUCGAAUCAUACAUGUGGUGGGGCAAAUAUUUGGGCAGAUGUUGCACAUAGCUCAGAAAUAUUCUGUUCAGCUGGAUCCUACUGUCCCUCAAAUACUGAAAAGAUUCCUUGCAGUAGUGGGAAUUACUGCCCUACAGGUUCUACAGCUGAGAAACGUAAGUCAGUUGAGUAUUAGUAAGAAUGAUCAAUAAUUCACUUGAAGUGAC